AUGGCAAAGAAAAUCCGAAAAGAGCCAACAACCAAAGAAGAGAAGAGAAGAAACAAAGAAGGAGAAAACGGCUGCUCUCCAAACACUAAAGGGACGCAGCAGCAGCAGACAAGGCGCAGCAGCAGCAAACAAUCAGCAGCAGCAGCAGCAGCAGCAAACAAUCAGCAGCAGCAGCAGCAGCAGCAAACAAUCAGCAGCAGCAGCAGCAGCAAACAAUCAGCAGCAGCAGCAGCAGCAGCAGCAGCAAACAAUCAGCAGCAGCAGCAGCAGCAGCAGCAAACAAUCAGCAGCAGCAGCAGCAGCAGCAGCAGGAACUUUGGAAAAGUAAUAAUUGGCUCACUUGUUUUCCAGCAACGAAGACACUUGUGUUCCACUGCAGCGGCCUGCGGGGGGCCUCGAGAGCAGCAAGAAGAGCAGCAGUCUCUGCUUCCAAACAAAUUGCUGCUGCUUUAUUUUUUUCUUUUCUGUUUUUUCUUUUUUGCAUUUCUUGCCGCAGCAGCGCAGCUCUUUGCAGCCGGCUUUGGGCGUUCGCAGCAGCAGCAACGGCCGACACUGCAGCAGCAACUGCUGCUGCCACCGUGGGAGCCGCAGCAGCAGCAGCGGGAGCAGCAGCAGCAGCAGCAGCAGCAGCAGCAGCAGCAGCAGCACACGACUCCGGAGAAGGCGACGGAGCUGGAGGCGCGUCGGGAGUUUGCGGACUUUCGAAAGUUUGCAAAGGAGAACUGA